AUGGCUGCACGAAGAGCGCUGAUUUUCUCCGAGGGUUCUGCAGUUGAGCGUCCUCAAUGGCUUGAUUGUCUACUGAAGGGGGAUUUCUUCUCUUCUUGCACGCGACACGUGUCGCUGAAGAAGAACGAAAUGAAUUUGUUCUGCCUGGACUGCAUGGAGGAGCUUUGCCAGCAUUGCAUGCCAAGCCACCAAUCUCAUAAAAUGCUCCAGAUUCGGAGAUACGUGUAUCACGACGUUGUUCGGCUUCAAGACAUCACGAAGCUCGUGGACUGUAGCGGAGUUCAGGCCUACAUUGUCAAUGGCUCAAGAGUGGUGUUCUUGAACCAGCGGCCUCAGCCUCGACCGACCAAGACGACCAAUUCAUGCCUGACAUGCGCUCGAAUGCUCCAAGACGAAUUCAGUUACUGCUGUUUGGGUUGCAAGGUAGAGGCUCUUGAACGCCUGAACGCGCCGUUGUCAGAACCGAUAAAGAGGAAGGCGACGAAUCAAUUAUUGACCAGCUUAGCCACCUCAGAUAGCGGGUCGUAUUCUUCUCAGGAUGAGCUGUCGCCUAUGAAUCACGACGACUCGCGAAAUCUCGCCUACUCCGAUAGUGGCUCGUCGUUUGAGGAAAAGGAGACGACGUCCCAUGAUUAUGACUACUCCUCCGUGCCUAAACGUUCGCGAAACUCGCGAUCGUCGUGGAGCUCUUCGCCAAGAUCUGUCCUUCCUAGCUCGAACAGACGAAAAAGUACACCACAGAAAUCCCCAGCCUAUUGA